AUGAGGAGUGACCCAGCGACUUCCGCAGCCCCCCUGAGGGGGCUCGGGGGGCCCCUGCGGAGCAGCGAGCCUGUGCGCGGCGCUCCGGCGCCGUCGGCGGCCGCGCUUCUGCUGGAGGAGGCGGCCGACCUGCUGGUGGUGCACCUGGACUUCCACGCGGCGCUGCGCACCUGCGAACGCGCCUGGCGGGGCCUGGCGGAGGAGCCGGUGGGCGCCUGCUUGGAGGUGAAGUGCUCUCUGUGUGUUGUGGGGAUCCAGGCGCUGGCAGAGAUGGAUCGGUGGCAGGAAGUGCUGUCCUGGGUUCUUCGGUGUUACCAGGUUCCUGAGAAGCUGCCCCCCAAAGUCCUGGAGCUGUGUGUUCUUUUAUACAGCAAGAUGCGAGAGCCUGGAGCUGUGCUGGAUACGGUCAGUGCUUGGCUCCAAGACGCUGACAACCAGGGCCUUCCGGAGUACGGAGCCUUAGCAGAACUUCACCUGCAGCGGGUGCUGCUUCCUCUGGGCUGCUUGUCGGAGGCUGAAGAGCUGGUGGCGGGCUCUGCAGCCUUCAGUGAGGAGCAGCAGCUGGAUGCACUUCAGGCCAUUAGCACGGCGAGGCGACAGCAGAAACACGGACAGUCUGGCUCCGAGGAGACCCAGAAGCUGAACCAGGAAGGCUCCUCCUCCUCCAAGUUCCUGUCACUACUGACGUUGCUUCGCCAGCUUUGGGACUCUGCAGUGAGGCACUUCUUUUCCCUGCCCUUCAGAAAGAGCCUCCUGGCUGCCUUGCUUCUCUGCCUCUUGGUGGUGAGGUUUGAUCCCGCUUCUCCCGCUUCCCUGCCCUUCCUCCACAAGCUGGCUCAGAUCUUCCAUCGGAUCCGCAAGGCCGUGGCUUCUCCUCUCUGCCGGCCUCCCGUCCACGACUGA